UUGUCUACAAAAUCAUUACCAAAGUCCUUGUCCUUCGCCUCAGACCGAUUCUUGUUACUAUUAUUGACCCCUACCAAAGCAGUUUUUUGCCUGGUAGAGGCACCACUGACAAUGUUGUUGUUUUGCAGGAAAUCAUUCAUCACAUGAGAAGAUCAAAGAAAAAGAAGGGUUAUGUGGCCUUUAAGCUAGACCUUAAAAAGGCUUUUGAUAAUGUCAAUUGGCUUUUCCUUCAGUCAUGCCUUCAAGAUUUUGGUUUUUCAGACAUUACAAUUAAGCUUAUCAUGCAUUGUGUCACUUCAUCCACUCUUUCUAUCCUUUGGAAUGGGAACAUUAUGCCUCUUUUCAAGCCAUCUCAUGGUCUCAGGUAAGGGGAUCCCCUCUCCCCUUAUUUGUUUAUUCUUUGUAUGGAAAAGCUCUCUAUUUCUAUCAACAAUGCAGUUCAGCAAGGAGCCUGGGACCCCAUCCAAAACUCCAGCAAUGGUCCUAGGCUUUCUCACCUUCUUUUUGCAGAUGAUUUCCUUCUCUUCACAAAGGCAAAAAAUUCUCAGCUUAAGUUCAUCACUGAAUUGUUUGACUGUUUCAGCAAGGCCUCAUGUUUGAAAAUUAAUAUUUUCAAGUCUCGGGCUUUCUUCUCAGCAGGUACUCCUCAAGCAAAAAUCAACAGGCUUACUUCCCUUACCGGUAUUAGAAGCACGACCUCUCUGGAUAAAUAUUUGGGCUUUCCUAUCCUUAAAUGGAGAGCAAAAAGAAGUGAUUUCCUUUUUAUCAUUGACAAAAUGCAAUCAAGUCUUGCUUCUUGGAAAAGUAAAUUGUUGAACAAGGCGGGAAGAUUAACUCUUGCAUCUUCGGUUCUCUCUUCCAUCCCUUCCUAUUACAUGCAAAUUGUUUGGCAUCCUCAAAGUAUUUGUGACAACAUUGAUCAAACUACUAGAAAUUUCAUUUGGAGAGAUGCAAGCAACAAAGGCAUUUAUCUAGUUGGUUGGAAAAAAAUUGCUAGACCAAAAUUUCAAGGUGGCUUGGGAAUCAGAACAGCUAGAUAAACUAAUAUUUGUCUCCUUUGGAAGCUAGUUUGGGAUAUUGUCCAAUGCUCCAAAAAAUUAUGGGUUGAUCUCCUUUCUGACAAGUAUCUUGUAGGCUCGACUUUCUUGCAUUCCACCAUUAUACCAAGUGAAUACUCUCAAAUUUGGUCCUCCAUUAUCCGUGCAAAGAAUACUCUCAAAUCCGGAUUUUCUUGGCGUGCAAGUUCAGGUAACACCUCAUUUUCGUACUAUCCGUGGACCAAUUUGGGUUAUUUAGGAACUUUGGUACCUUACAUUGACAUCCAUGAUAUUCAUUUGUCCGUCAAAGAUAUGAUAUCCUCUAACAAUCCCCACACUCAGGUUUUUUACACAAUUCUUCCUCCCUUAGUGUCUGAUAUCAUCAACAACAUGCAUAUGAAUUUCAAUGAUACCAUAGAAGAUAGUUUCAUUUGGUCUAGCAAUAAAAAUGGUAUCUACACUACCAAAAGUGGAUACCGAUGGUUGAUAUCUCAAAAUGCUAACAAUGAAAAUCAUUCUUGGUCUUGGAUUUGGAAGCUAAAAAUUCCGGAAAAAAUUAAAUUCCUCGUUUGGCUAGCUUGUCACUCUUCGGUUCCUACCCUAUCCUUACUCAACCAUAGAAAUAUAUCCACAUCUGCUACUUGUUCAAGGUGCGGGCAGCAUGAGGAGACAUUUCUUCAUUGUGUUCGUGACUGCGAAUUCUCAAGGAAUAUCUGGUACCAUUUUAAUUUUAAUCACUCAUCUUUCUUUAACUGUUUGAUUCCUCAUGAGUGGCUCAAAAGGGGCUGUUAGGAGCAUGUUCCUUUACCUUUGCUGCCAUUGUCUGGUGGGCUUGGCGCCACCAAAACAUUAUGUGCCUCAGCCAUGAUAAUUGGUCUCUAAACCGGCUUGUUUUCAAUAUCCAAAGUAUGAUAGAAACUUUCAAAAAUUGCCUUAUUGUUAACCAAAAUGGCAUUGUUGAAGAAAGAUUCAGCAAGUGGAAUAACAAUAAUCACUCUAGUGUUAUCCUAAAUGUUGAUGGAAGUUGUCUUGCCUCCAAUACUAGAGCUGGCUAUGGUGGCCUUUUUCGAAAUUAUGCAGGCAACUAUCUGACAGGAUUUUCAGGUUUCAUCCAAGAUUCAACAGACAUCCUUUAUGCGGAACUUUUUGCUAUUUAUCAGGGUCUCAUGUUAGCUAAGGAAAAGGCUAUUGCUGAUUUUGUUUGUUAUUCAGACUCUUUGCAUUGCAUCAAUCUCAUUAAGGGGCCAUCAAUGAGAUUCCACACCUAUGCAGUGUUGAUUCAAGACAUAAAAGAGUUGCUUGAUCAUAUGAAUAUUACUAUUUGUCAUACUUUGCGAGAAGGGAAUCAAUGUACUGACUUUAUGGCCAAACUUGGAGCAUCCUUGGAUAUUGAAUUAUGUCAUCAUUCAUCUCCUCGAGAAGGCCUUCAAAGUCUUUUGAGGAUUGACGCGGUCGGAACUAUUUUUUCUAGAGUUUAG